GCGCUGGUGCAGCAGCUGGCACACCUCAGGCUGGGUCACAGACAGCAGCGUUUGCAGAUUUGCAGGGACAUUGGGCGAGGAGGUGUCAGGAUUUGCCGGCUGAGGUCUGAUGGAGCUCGGUAUGUCGGUGGUUUGAGUAGGUGAGCAGUGAGCCGGCAGGACGUGUGUACCGGGAGCCGUGCAUGCAGGAGGAUGGUCGCAGGUGGCCGGGAGCCGCAGAAGUGAUGAGCCCGCUGUGCUGUGCUGUGCUCGGAUGCGGUGUUGGAGCUGCACAGCCAGGAUAGCGGGGUCCUGUCCCUGCAGCAUCACAUGGAGACUGUCACCCCAGAGCCCAGGCUGCUGCAGAGCCAUGCCGAGAAGAAGCGGCUCAACAGGGCACCUUCCCCGGCCAGACCCUUCCUGAAGGACUCCCACCCCAGGGCUCCCCCUGCUAAACCCGCAGUGCUGCCCCCCAAGUCCCCCAGCCCUGGCAUCAGACACCAGUCCCCCGGGCACCUCGUCACCCAGAACCGACUGUCCAGACGCAGUGUCCCGGCCAAAGACAAAGCCAUCCCCGCCAAACCUGCCAGUGCCAAGGCGUCUCUGACCAGCAAGAGGGCAUCCAGGCCGAGCCAUGGACCCGCGGAGCCGGGCGGCAGGAAGGACACCCUGCGUGCCCCAUCCUCUCCCCUGCCUGCAGCGGGCGCUGGGCGGAGGAGGGUGCCGCGGCUGGAGCCCUCCUCUCCGGGUGCAGGUAGGGCUCUGGCCAGGGUCAGCCACACGGACAGCAGCUCCGACCUGUCCGACUGCCCCUCCGAACCCCUCUCCGAUGAACAGCGCCCCCUGCCCGCUCACAGCAGUGACAACGAGUCCGGCUGCAGCGAGCGGGUGGUGACUACUCUGCCGGAGAUCAUCCUGACCGCGGAGCCCAGGAGUGAUGGUGGCCCCAGACAUGCGGAGCCUAAGGGGGCCGGGAGCACCCAGAGUAAGAGCCCAGCACCCCCUAACCCAGGGCACGACGAGGAGCUGUACCGGGAGCUGGAUGAGCUGCGCUCAGAGAAUGACUAUCUCAAGGAUGAGCUGGAUGAGCUGCGAGCUGAAAUGGAGGAGAUGCGUGACAGCUAUCUAGAGGAAGAUGUUUACCAGUUGCAGGAGCUCCGAAGGGAGCUUGACCGAGCCAAUAAGAACUGCCGUAUCUUGCAAUACCGCCUCAGGAAAGCAGAGCAAAAAAGCUUAAAAGUUGCACAGACAGGCCAAGUGGAUGGAGAGCUCAUCAGAAGUCUGGAGCAAGACUUAAAGGUAGCCAAAGAUGUAUCUGUCAGAUUGCACCAUGAGCUGGAAAAUGUGGAAGAGAAGAGAAUUAAAGCGGAAGAUGAAAAUGAAUUAUUGCGUCAGCAAAUCAUUGAAAUGGAGGUGACCAAGCAGGCAUUACACAAUGAGCUGGAAAGAGCAAAAGAGACCACACUCAAACGAAGAGGAAGCCGAGAGAUGCACAAAGAUAAAAAGACUUCCAGUCAGGAGGACAGCGCUGACUUAAAGUGCCAGCUACAGUUUGCAAAGGAAGAAGCAGCAUUGAUGAGAAAGAAAAUGGCUAAACUUGGAAAAGAGAAGGAUGAAAUAGAGCAAGAACUAGAAAAAUUCAAGUCUAUUUACGGAGACGUUGAAAGUCCUUUUCCAACAGGGGAAACUAGAGGUCCACCCAGCACAAGAGAGGCCGAACUAAAAUUGCGUCUAAAGUUGGUGGAAGAGGAAGCAAAUAUCCUUGGACGAAAAAUAGUUGAGCUGGAAAUGGAAAAUAGGGGCAUUAAAGCAGAAAUGGAAGACCUCAGGUGUCAGUAUGAAAAAGAAUUUCUAAGCAGGGAGUAUGUUUCAAGCAUUCCUACCUCACCGUAUGGUGAUUCCAUGGAAUCUGCCACAGAGCUGCGGCGUCAUCUCCAAUUUGUGGAGGAGGAAGCAGAGCUCUUGAGGCGAUCCAUUUCAGAGAUAGAGGAUCACAAUAAACAACUUACAACAGAGCUAAAUAGAUUUAAGUUUGGACCAGUUCAGGAUCUUGUCUGGAUUGAUGACAAUUCCUCCAAAUGCAAUGGUACACAGGAGGAGCUAAAGUCUGCUAGAAUCCAGAUAAGUGAUCUAAGUACAAAGGUUAUGAAACUUCAGUACGAAAAUAGGGUUUUAUUGUCAAAUGUUCAACGUUAUGAUCUGGUUUCACACCUGGGAAUGCGAACAGCAAGUCCACGGGACAGUGAUGCAGAAAGUGAUGCAGGGAAAAAAGAAAGUGACAGUGAAGAUGGACGUCCUGUUCAACCAAAGAGGGAAGGACCUAUUGGCGGGGAAAGUGACUCCGAAGAUGCCUACGAGAAAACGUCUGGCUUUGAAAGUGUGAAACCUUCAGAAGUCAGUGAUUUGUACUGUAUGGAAUUGGCUAAAAAGCGAGAAGAUGCACAAUACUUUAUAAGCAUAACGCGUGAAGCUGAUCGACUGGGGAAAACUGUGGACCGCCUUAUUUCUGACACAGACAGCCUGAUCUAUGAUGCUAAGUUGCAGAUGACAGGUGGAUCUGUAGAGGAGGCGCUGAAGAGUUGUCAAGAAAAAGAAGACGCUACUGGGUCAGAUGUUUUAAACAGCAUCAAUAACAAAAUGAAAAUGUUCAGGAAAGAAUUGAAUAGUUUUGUAGAUGUGAUUGAGAACACAAGUGAAGGUCUUAAAGAGCAUGUAGAAGACCUCUCCCCAAUGCCACAUCUCACUGAAUCAUCAAGUUUUUUGUCCAACUUGACUUCAGCAUCUCGAGAUUCUCCUAUUGGAAAUCUUGGAAAGGAUCUGAUAACUGACUUUCAGCAGCCCAAGCUGAGGGAACAAAUGGAAUUGCAGCUCCAUCAUGAGCAUGAAGAAGAUGCACACCGUCUCCAUGUUACUCAUGAGCCACACCGCAAGGCAGACGGAGACAAUAAACACGGCAGGCAAGGAGACAAGGGCUGUUUCAGUCUAGAGCUCAACAAUCAUGUCUCACCUGAAAAGAAUUCAGCUUUACGUGAACUACAGACUAUUCUUGAACAGGAAAGAAGACUUCACCAAGAGGAGCAUGACAAGGUGACAGACAGGCUUAUUCAGCUAGAAGAAGAGCAUCUGAAGAACAUCAGGAGGAAAGACUUAGAGCUCCAGAGCCUCACACUGCAGAAUAAGCUGGAGGAGAAAACAUGGAGUCAGGAAAAGAACCUCCUCCAGCAAGACCUGAGGAACUUUAAGCAAAAUGUCUUUGUUCUCUAUGUCAAGUUAAAGUGGCUGCUGGCACAUUGGCGACAAUGUAAAAGGGUGGAAGAAGAGGAAGUGGGAGAUGACAUACUACAGAUUGACCAGCUGAACACCCUUCCUGAACUUGCUGCACACUGUGACUUCAGAGAAGGCGUUCCUGACUUGGAAGACGUGGAGGAGGAGGAUGAUGAUGAUGAUGAUGGAGUGUUUGCCUUAACAGAUUAUCCCCCACAUUCCACAGCAGAGCACAGCCGAGACCUGAGCCCUCAGUUACAGACAGCUGAGAUACUUCAGCAUCAGAAGCAGGCAAGUGAAAACCGUCGCCUUCUUGCUGCAUUUAAGGGCUUAUUGGAUGAUUUCCGCUCUGAACUGCGGGAUGAAGCAACAGACAGACACGAAGUCCGACAGCAGUAUGUGGAGGCUAAAGCUGCAUGGGAAGUGGAGGAAACAGAACUGCGAUGUCGUCUGGAGCAGUUUGAAACAAGAAAGCCGAGAACGCUUGGAGACUUGAGCCCCACCGAGAAGAAGGCCUCCUUCAAUCUUGAACGCGAUGAGUACAAGAAGCUGUUGGCUGUGAGCCAUAGGUUGGUGAUGGACCUCCGCAGACAAAUCCAGCAGAGCGAUAAGAACUGGACUCAGGAUAGGGAAGAGAUUCUGGAGCGAUAUGACAGAGAGAGACAUGAAUGGGAGCAGCACCGGAAAGAACUCCUGAGAAGAAUAGAACAGCUCCAAAAAGAAUCAAGCCCUCGACAACCAGACCAUUUCCAAGCUGACCAAAGUGAUGGUGCUGUCCCUGAGUAUUUAUCCAAGGCCCCACUGCCCAGGUCCCAGUCUCAUGCAUCCAGGUCAUUUUCUGAUUCUGAUGAAAUGCCAUUUGAAGAGCAGUUACUUCCCAAGUUAAAAGGAACUGAUCGAUGCUCUGGCUCUGAGAACCUCUUCCUUGAUGCACUUUCUCUGGACUCUGCUGAUGAGGCCGAUUUGCCUCAGCCCCGCAAACUGGAGCGUGAUAAAUUCUCCACUGAGGAAGAUAUACAAAAAGGAGGAUUGCAAAGGGUCAUGUCUGUUUCCUCCAUGUCUGAAUUUCAUCGAUUAAUGGAGAGCUCUCCUUUCCUUCCCGAAAAAAAUUUAGAUCUUUCUGGCGACAAGGAUGAAUUAACUCCCCCCUUGUCCCCUGAUGAUCUGAAGUACAUUGAAGAGUUUAACAAGAAUUGGGACUAUAGUAUUGUGGGCCAAGGUGAUAAAAUCUUGAGAUUAGGUGGGGAAAGAGCAGAGAAUGGAAAAGUGGAGUUAAAGUCACCUUCUGAAACAUUCCAGUCUCCUUCAUGGUUUCUUACUACUAGUGUUACUAUGACAACAAACACAGUGACCAGUCCUGAACCCUGCCUGAAGCAGUCUCCUCGAAGCCAUGCUGUUGCGGAAAGAAUGGGGGUCAGGGUCUUCCACAGUCCACCUGUGGUUCGUAGGUUUGAUAAAUCUGUCAUUAAUGGCAAUGAAGAAAUAUCAGACGUAGAACCAGAUUUACAUUAUUCUUCAACUAAAGCAAAUGGUGUUUCUGAAGCAGAAAAUGGUGCCACUGAGGUAUUUGGGAGAUGGCCAUGUGAGCUUAACAAUCAGCAUAAAGACUUAUUAGAUAGUGGUUUACACCCAAUGGAUCGACCUGUUUGCACUUCUGUCAGUUUUGCGUCUUCAUUGCACAGUAUAGAGUUGUCAAGAAACAUGAGUGAUGACAUGAAAGAAGUUGCCAAUUCUGUUAGAAAUGCUAUCCGAACAAACUCAUCAGAAUCUCAGUUCAGAGACAUUGCUUGUCAGACCAAUGGUUUGAAGAGUACAGGAACACAAACCACUCAAACCAUUAGCGUUGGUUUGCAAACUGAAGCUUUACGAAGCAUUACCAGCAGUCCACAUAAGUGUCUGACUCCAAAAGGAGGCUCUACCCCUAUUUCAUCACCUUCUCGUAGUUUGAGGAACAGGCAAAUUGCUCCAGCUAUUGAAAAGGUGCAAGCAAAGUUUGAGCGUAGUUGUUGUUCCCCAAAAUAUGGUUCCCCAAAACUUCAGAAAAAACCUCUACCCAAAGCAGAUCAGCCAGCUAACCGUGUUACUUCAGUUACACCCCAGAAAGGAUUUAAUGAGUCUGCUUGGGCUAGAUCAACAACUACAAGAGAGAGUCCAGUUCAUACAACUAUCAAUGAUGGUCUUUCAAGUCUUUUUAAUAUCAUUGACCACAGCCCAGUAACUUGUGACCAUUUGCAAAAAACAUCUAGGCCAAGUAGCAGAUCUAGGUCAGCAGAAGCCAGACCAGAGUUUGGGACCAUGUCUGAAGUAUGCAUGGAUGAAAGGGGGAGGUCACCAAGCCCUAUUCGCAUAACUAUAGACCUCCAAAGAGAUCAGUGCUCUGAUGUCAGCUGUAGCAGGCAAGACCUCUGUGCUCCUCCAGGUUACUCAUUGAUUGAAAAUUCUGCCAGAAUACUUAGAAAGAAAAGUCUAGAAGAUCAAAAGCAGACUCCAGAUAGUCCAACCAGUGGCUACAGAAACAACACUGCUGCAGAACUGUUAAAAAUUGAGCAAGCAUCUAUUGAGGAACUGCCUUGUGCUGCGUUAGCUCCGUCCUUAGAAUCUAGCUUCUCCAGACCAGAGAGACCAGCGAAUCGGCGCCUGCCUUCCAGAUGGGCUUCACAUUCCCCGACUGCCUCCCGAGCUCCGUCUAGUAACAAUCUACACGAAGAGCUGGGAAACCAGGAAACCUGAGCAGAGGGAAAGGAAAACUGACGCCAUCUUGCAUGAAGUACCACUCAUACAACCCAGUAUGUGUUAAGCCAGGUCCACACGGCUCAGUUUGUGCCACAAGACAUCAGAUACAUGCAAUUGCUGAAUGUUUGCUCUGUUAUACAUGUGGUAGUGUUUCUAUUACGGAACAUAUAUAUGUGCCUGUAUAAGAUGACCAUAAGGAAAUUCCCAUCGUUCUUAUUUUCUACAAUAUCAAGUUCAUGAAGUAGGAAGAAAAAUUCUCUUUUUUUCCUCAGCGCUGGCUGCCUUUAGGUUGUUAAGUUGUUUUUAUUUUUAUUUUUGCACUGUCUACUUUGUUUUUAUAUGUUCCUUCAUUUUUUACUAUCCGUUAUUGUAGUCACUUGUUAUUAUUUAUACAUUCGUGUUAUAACAUAGGAAGAUGAUGAUGCUUCAUAUUACCUGAAGCUGUAGUGAAAGAAAAAAAAAAAAGCCAAUCAGUUUGUUAAACUGAAGUGGAUUUUAGGAAUUGAGAGAAAAAAAAAUGCAAAAAAACUGUAUGCAAACAAAGAUGUAUCACUGCAUAGAUGAUACAGGCACUUUAGUGCAUGUAUAUAACUUCUACCCUGUACUGUACCAUCCUUCAUAAGAAUGAAUCAGAGUUUUACUGUAAUAUUGUUGUGAAUUUACGUACUGUAAUUUUAUUGUUAGUUUUUCUUGCACUGAUGACACAGGAAAUGAAUUUUUAAAUUACUGUCCACCAGCCGUGUACGUACAAAUCUCUGUGACGUUUCAUAUACUGUAGAAGAUCUAAGGCAUAAUGAAAUGAAAUAGAAUGUACUGAGAGGUAUGUACCAGGCCAUGUUGAGAUGAAAAAUAAACUAUUUAACAUUUAAAGAG